AACAACAGCAAGAGUACCCACAACCACCCAAGAAACGCUCUUAUCUGCCGUCGGCUUCUACUUCAACUUUUGGUUCCAAAUCAACCCAACAUGCAAGAAAAAUGGGAGAUAGCCACCACCAAGCUGCAACAUCGUCAAGAUUGGGGAUAAGGCACUCUGGAGGGGAGAUCGUUGAGGUCCAAGGAGGUCACAUUGUUCGGUCAACUGGAAGGAAAGACCGUCACAGCAAAGUUUGUACUGCCAAAGGUCCUCGAGACCGACGUGUUCGUCUCUCAGCUCACACCGCCAUCCAGUUCUACGACGUCCAGGACCGACUUGGCUACGAUCGUCCUAGCAAAGCUGUGGAUUGGCUUAUCAAAAAAGCCAAACCUGCCAUUGACGAGCUAGCUGAACUACCUCCUUGGAACCCUGAAACUUUGAAUACAACCACUUCGAUCGCUAAAACUAGUAACCAAGAAGACCAAAACGCGACAACCGCAACCGACAAUGAUAAGCCGUAUCAGUUCCACAUCAACCAUAGUGGAAACCUGGUGGAAAACCUUGCUGCUGGGUCGGGUACUCGGAGAAGAACGGCUACAAUAAUGGGGAAUGAAGUUCAAAGUCUUCAGCAACAAGAAAUGGGAGAUAACCCCAAUAAUAAUUCGGGUUUUCUUCCACCUUCUUUAGUUUCUGAUGAGAUAGCGGAUACAAUUAAGUCUUUUUUCCCAGUGGGAGCCUCAAGUGAGACGCCGUCUUCUUCCAUACAGUUCCAGAAUUAUCCGCCGGAUUUGUUGUCGAGGACCAGCAGCCACAGUCAAGAUCUUCGGCUUUCACUUCAAUCUUUUCCGGAGCCGAUUCUUUUGCACCACCACCACCACCACGCCCAAGCUGCUACAGCUCAGGCACACCACAGUGAACCUGUUUUAUUCUCUGGGUCCAGCCCAUUAGCUGGUUUCGAUGGGUCUUCUGCUGGGUGGGAACAUCACCACCAACACCCAGCGGAGAUUGGAAGGUUCCAGAGAUUGUUUGCCUGGAAUAAUAGCGGUGCUGCUGCUGAUAGUAGCGGUGGCGGUGGUGCUGGCGGCAGUAGCGGUGUAGGAGGAGGAUUUAUCUUUGGCACUCCUCCACCGCAGUCACUGCCGCCGGCUUUUGGCCAAAACAGCCAAUUGUUUUCUCAGAGGGGACCCCUUCAGUCCAGUAACACGCCCUUGGUUCGUGCUUGGAUAGACCAGCCAAUUUCCACAACCGACCAACACCAACACCAUCAUCAUCAACAACAUCACCACCAUCAAAUCCCAGAAAACAUCCAUCAUCACACUGCUUUAUCUGGCAUUGGAUUCACCACGCCUGGUGUAUUCUCUGGGUUUCGCGUUCCAGCACGAAUUCAGGGCGAAGAAGAUGAGCACGACAGCAUUGCCAAUAAGCUGUCCUCUGCUUCAUCUGAUUCUCACCAUUGAUCGAGUAAAUCGGAGAAAAGGCCAAAGUCUUUCCCCUCUAUCAGCACUAGUUGAUUGUUGACUGUGAACUGGAUGAGAAGAUAACUAUACUAUGAUGGAUCCAAGAAUCAAAGACUAGUUCGAGGGAAGAUUUUGGUCAACUUUGAAUCAAUGGCCUAUACCGUGGGAAGAAGAAAUCUGGGUGGAUUUCAGGUUUUUCAAUCCCCGGUUUGUUUAGUUUCUAUCAGUUGAUUGUGUUGUAGCUUAAAUUUAUAUUUGAGUGAGCUCUUAGAGCUUAACAAUGGUUUCUUUUUCUUGUUGGACUUGUCAUGUUUUUCAUGUUACCAAUCAAUGUUUGCUACUGUUUCCUAGAGUUACUACUGAGAUGGGAACCUAGUUUGUUCUAAUGCUGAUUUGGUUUUUCCCUCAA